GGUCAUCCUUCCCACCCCUCUGCUCUUCCUGCCUACUGCCAGAGAAGAGAUUCCAGCCAACUGAGCUGCUGCUCACGCUGCUCUGUCUUCAGCCCCUGCACCAAGUUCAUCCCUGUGCUGUAGGAGGCAGGAUGCAGCCUGCAUUCCUGCUGGCAGCCAGCACCCUGGCAGCAGUGCUGGGCAUGGCCCUGCUGCAGGGGGACGUGUGUAAGGCUCCGGACGGCAAGAACGGCUCCCCUGGGGUCCCCGGCCGCGACGGGAGGCCAGGGCAGAAGGGUGACACGGGAGAGCCAGGGAGACCAGCACCGAGCACGGGCACCAAGGGAGCCAGAGGGGAUGAAGGAGACCCUGGAUUUCCUGGCCCCCCAGGCAUGCAGGGCCUACCUGGUGCUCGUGGCCCUGUGGGGGCACCAGGGUUUCCAGGGCCACCAGGGCAGAAAGGCGUAGCUGGUGAUGGUUUGGAGCACCCUCGUCCUGCCUUCUCUGCCUCCAGGCUGAGCCCGCCCCGCGCAGGCACCACGGUGGUGUUUGACAGGAUCAUCACCAACCAGGAGAACUCCUACAGCCCCCUGACCGGCAAGUUCACCUGCAGCACUCCUGGGCUCUACUACUUCAGCUUCCAGGUGGUGUCCACGGGGGACCUGUGUCUGAGCAUCACCAAGAACGAUCAGCGCGUGGUCAGCUUCUGCGACAACAACAGCCGCGGCAUCCUGCAGGUGAACUCGGGCAGCAGCGUGCUCAGCCUGGCUGGGGGGGACCAGGUGUCCCUGAGCACUGCCCAGGCCAGCUCCAUUUACAGUGGCUCUGAGGUUGACAGCGUCUUCAGCGGGUUCCUGGUGUCCCCAAACACGGCCUGAGGGGCUCCCACAGUGCUGGGGUGUCUGCGUGCCUGGCAGCUCCCCUCUGCCUGUGUGGGAUGCUUUAGGGACACAGCACAUGGGGAUGGUUCCAAACUGAGCAUCCAGAACUGUUCUGUGCUUCCAGCAAUGUCACAGCUGGCCAAGCUGUGUGUCACCACUGAGCCCUCAGCUCCGUGCUGAGCCUGCCCACGCUGUCCUGGAGGCUGUGGGCUCUCAUCCCUUUCUCCUCCUGGGCACUCCAGCUGCACUCCCAGUUGUCACCAGCUUUGGCUCUUUGCUUUUGAGUGGGAAAUCACUGCCUGCCACUGCUUCUGCUCCACUAACCACUGCAAAAGCCUUCCUGGCACUGGGGCACAUCCUGUCACAACCUCCCCGUCAGUAUAAAUAAAUGCUUCUUCUACCACAA